AUGUUUCUCAAUCGCUUGGUUUUAAUAAUCUACUUAUUUUUUGAAUAUGCUGAAGGCCAAGAAGUUUAUGGUUCAAGAAUUGUCACAACCAGUAGGGGUCCAGUUGGUCCCCUGAAGUUUACAAUGCUUGAUGUUCCAAGAGGCCAAGUUCGUUAUCAGUCAGGAAUGCAGCGCUCUUUUGAAUUAGAUUCAAACAAUAAUUGCAUUACUUUCGGCACAACAAUUGGAAGCCCAUGCGUUUUUAAUAAAGGAUCAAGCACAGCUGCUUUUUCUUUUGACAAUGUUGCCCAAUACAAAUAUAUCGAAAUAACAGAUGGAACCUACGAGUAUACAGUGUACUUCGCUGAUGACUGCCUAUUUCCCACUCCAAAACCCACUGUAACCUCUCUUACAGCCCACCUCACUUCUGACAAGACUUCUCUCAUAUCGAGCGUAUCAAUAAAGCUGAACAUGGGAUCUGGAAACCUCGUAACGUACAAAUGGGGUACAGCUGACAGUUCUGUUGCUUUGACUCUAGAUUGGGAGAACUCGGGCACGCCUCCUGAAAUCUACGAAUGUCAAGGUAAGAAUUCCUAA